AUGAGAGUGGGUGUACUGGUGGUUGCGGUUGAGAGUUUUGGUGGGCUCGAGUUUAUGGAAGGUGGUAGUAGUGAGAUGGAUUUGAGGUUUGUGUGUUUGGGUAGUGUUGGGGGUGCCAUUGUGGUGAUGGCAGAUAUGGGAGUCGUGACGGGUGUUAUGGUGGUGUGCGAAUUGAAAGUUCAGCUUCCAGACUCUACUCAAGGAACCAGAAGUCCUCUCAGACAUCCUAAACGCAUGAGCAAUCCCAUUGGUGAAAGUGUUACACCUGCCAUCAACGAUUCUGAUGAACCCAGCUUCCAGUGUUUGUCAACGGCACCUGAGCUUAGCAACUGCACUUCAGGGCACUCUGAGAACUGGAUGGUGCUGUCAACUUGUGGGGACAAGCCCACACCUCGAUUCAAUCAUGCAGCAGCUGUAAUUGGGAACAGGAUGGUGGUCGUAGGUGGUGAAUCUGGAAAUGGAUUGUUAGAAGAUGUGCAGGUGCUUAACUUUGACAGAUUUUCCUGGACCACAGCUUCAUCAAAGCUUUACCUUUCACCGACUAGUCUGCCACUAAAAAUCCCUGCAUGCAAGGGUCAUAGUCUGGUUUCUUGGGGAAAGAAAGUGCUCCUGAUUGGAGGGAAAACUGACCCAACGAGUGACAGAGUUUCAAUAUGGGCGUUUGACACAGAAACAGAGUGCUGGUCACUCAUCGAAGCAAAGGGAGACAUUCCGGUGGCUCGCAAUGGGCAUAGUGUAGUUAGAGCAAGCUCCGUUUUGAUCUUAUUUGGAGGUGAAGAUACUAAGAGGAAGAAAUUAAAUGAUCUAUAUAUGUUUGAUCUCAAGUCUUUGACGUGGCUCCCUCUUCAUUGCACAGGACCAGGACCAUCUGCAAGAUCUAAUCAUGUGGCAGCUCUUUAUGAUGAUAAAAUGCUGCUUAUUUUUGGAGGAACUUCAAAGUCAAAGACUUUGAACGAUUUGUUCUCUCUUGACUUUGAGACGAUGAUAUGGUCAAGAAUUAAGAUACGAGGUUUCCAUCCAUCACCUAGAGCUGGUUGUUGUGGAGUCCUGUGUGGAACUAAAUGGUAUAUCGCUGGGGGUGGUAGCAGGAAAAAACGUAAGUCUCAGUAG